GUGGCGACAAGAUGUCUGGCGGGAAACACAAUUUACGGGUCUGUGUUGCAACUCUGCCAAAUCCCAGUACUGCAUGCUGGUGAUAGGUUUGUAGAUUAGCUUUCCAGAGGGGUAUUUCAACUGCUUACAGAGAGUGCUAGGCAUUGCUUAUAAUGUCACUCCCGAAAACACCCUCCGCGUCAACACCUGAGGGCAAAAACUUGAAAAUCUCUGCAUCCAAGGAAGAGACAGGACUUCCUGAACUAAAGGAGAAAAAAAUUUUGGUGGAUCGGUCAAAACCCCUUCCUACUUCCCUUCAAAAUGAGUUCAUCCCUGAGGAAGUUCUGCUUUCUCUGACCAAUGCGGCCAAUGCUGGUCCUUGUCCUGAAAACUUACUGCCUCCUAAGAAAAUUAAAACUCCAAAGGGUACUCUUCCUCGCUCUGUUGACCAUGUCUGGCAUAACCCUGUCCGAAGAAAUAAGUUCAAAUUCCUGAUUGACCAUCCAGUUUCCCUAACGGGAGCUGGAAGGGAUAUUUCUUUUCUGUAUGAUGUUAAAUAUGUUAAAGGAGAGACGAGGGAGAGUGCGGUUUGUCCCCCACGAACGCACCAUGCACUGCAGUCACGUGAUGGUGUCAUUGUACCUCAUAAGCCAAAGAAACUAACAGAUACAUUGAUUCCUGAAGAAUUUCAUAUUGUGUCAAAUACAGGAGUUUCAGGUUUAGAGUGUUUUGAUGACAAAUACACUACUCUCCUCACAGACAGCGAAAAUAGGUUAUUGCUCUUCCCAUCCAUGAAACCUAAUAAGAGAAUAGAAGUGGUCCAACUGAAUGAUGUGAUGGACACUAUGCUAGAGAGGGCUGGUGUGGAAAAUCAGGAAUAUAUAGGGCCAACCAAGAUGCACAAACUGCUUCAUAUACUGAAGAAGGAACAGACCAUUUAUAACACAGUGUUUCAUGAACUGAUUCGACAAGUCAGCGUGGACUGUGCAGACAGAGGAGAACUACUGUCCAAAAUCAGAGAGCGGUAUGUACAAAUGCUUGACCAGAUUGCCCGGCAGAUGAUCGACUUCUACAAAGACAUGGUAACUCAGCGAAUGAUGGACCAGCGCAUUUUAGAAGAACUGUACAAUUUUAAGAAUGUGAUUGAGGAACUGACCAGGGAACUGUGUCUGGUUCGGGCACAUGAUAUAAAAUUAACAAAGGAAGCAGAGAAGGCCCACAGAGAUUUGGCACAAGCUCUUUUAGACGCUGAAAAGAAUGCUAGAAUUGUAGAAGAAUAUCAUGACUUAUAUACAUUACAAAGAGAAAGGAUGGAGAGUGAUAUUAAACAGUUAAUGGCGGAAAGAGAUAUCUGGAGCUCAGCUACAUAUGAAUUAUCCGUGAAGGUAAUUGAAAGAAAUAAAGUCCUGUUGGCUAAAAGACUUUACCUCAAUGAAAAAAGCUGGAAUAAUUAUACUAAGCAUUUCAUCGUACUGCUAUCAUCUAAGGACACUUCAGACCUUGCACUAUUGCAGAAGUUGACACAGAAAUGGAGAAAUUUAGUGAAUAAAUUUCAACAGGAAGUGGAGCGAAAUGAAGAGGCUACAAGGGAGAGAUUGCAAAGUGUUAAGGAUGGCCUUGUCAAAUGGCAGCAAUUCUUCAGAAAUAAUACUGAAAAAGACAUUUUAUCCUCCCAUAAACAAAAGACACUUGAAUCAGUCGUUCCAGACUUCAAGCAGUGGCUAAUGAUGUUGAUUGAAGACAGAGACAAAUUUUCUGGGGAUCUUCUAGUGUCAAAAUAUGAUUCUCUCAAGAUUAUUAAACGGUUACAGGAAAACUGGACAGAUAUUGGGCUUGGGAUAUUUGGUCGCCAUAAAAGUAUGGAGGGAAAUAUACCACCAGAGCAGAAGCUCAUGGAGGAAAUUUUGAAAAAUAUAGCAAGACUCUACAAAGAAUUUGAAAUAAGAAUAAAUGGGGAUAAUGGUACCUCUAAAAUUCUCCCAACUUUGAUUAGUUCUUUUGAAUUCUGUUCUUUCAAGUUGGAAAGCCUCCUGGAGUUUCCUGACCUGCUUCUUGAAGAAUGGGAGGGACUUAAUGAAAAAAUAAAUGAGAUGAAGUCUCAGUUGGAUUCAUCAUUAUACAUUAUUGGCACUGUUCCACAGUACAUAGAUAUGGAUUCUGGCCUGGAGCUACAAACACAUAUAUUUAACAUGAUUCAACAGUGGCUUUUGAAGAUAGGUGGUGAGAUUAACAAUGGUAACAUGGAACUUCAGCGCCAAAUGGAUGAAUUGCAUAUACCCAUGAUCCAGUGGAUGGUAAAUUUGCUGAUUUUAAUGAUACCUGACUUUCCUGAUCCAGAUACUCUCAUAAAUUUGGAGAAUAGUGCUGAAAAACAUGACGUAGGAAUUGCCAAGUUAGAGCUAGAUGCAAUGGCCCUGGCAAAAAAGUUGUCCCAAUAUUCCAGCUAUUUGAGCAGUUGUUGCAAAGAGCUGGUAGUAGCUAUGGCUGUGAAUAAAGCAAGUCGCUUAGAAAAAAAUCCUGAUAAGGAACUUAAUGAACUGGAGAAGAUGAAGAGAGAAUGUUAUGAUUGGAUCACCACGUCCUCUUACCUCCUUUCUGGCCUCAAAGGCAGAAAAAUUCAGUUACUGACAGAUGAAGAGAAACAGCAGCUACUUGGAGAAGAGGAUAGUCUAAAAGAAUUAAGUGACCCUGAAGCAAGAAAGAUUCAUAAAGACAUUGAAGAAAACAUGGAGGACAAGAAACUUGAGAAGGAAAAGAAAGAAGAGAGUGAAGAAGAGAAACCUUCGACAUCUACAGAAAUGGAAAAAAUCAUUCGAGUCAUUGGAGAAGAUGAAAAUAUUCAUUCUCAACCUCUAUAUGGAACAGAUGCAUUGUCUUCUUGGAGAGAAUCAGCUAAUCAAGGUACAUUGGCCCCAAAGUAUCUUGAAGCAAUGGCUAUAAUUGAUCGCACACAGGAGAAGUUAAUAGAGGUCGAAAGCCGAGCCAGACAAGCUGAGGAGAGGUUUGAUGAUGUGAAUGAAAGACUUCAUUAUACCAUUAUAAGAAAUAAAGAACUGGAGAAAGAGUUAGAGGAAGUAUUGAUGAAGUAUAAAAUGAAGGAGCCUGAAGUGGAAGAAGAAGAAAAUGAAGGAGAAAGAGAAGAAGAAAAAGAAGAAGAAGAAGAAGAAAUCAGACCAUCAGACAGAGCCUCAAAAUCUCCAAAGAAAGAGAUACAGCGCAAGGAGGGUUCUAAAUCCAAACUCCGGACUAAAUCCAAGACGAAACCCAAAUAGCAACCACAGGAUGCUGGGCUACACCACACCACAGCCAUCCCAGAUAUCUGUGCACUUUUGAACUGACAGUGUGGCUCAACUGACGGGACUCCCUUUGCAGCAGACAACUCAGGAGCAUCUUCUCUUUAAAAGUCACAGUGAUGGCUCUAGGCAAUCAAUCAGUUAGCUUAUUUCCAAAAUUAAAAAUGGUUUGUGUAAA